CUAUGCCGGUCCGCGCAGUGUUUGGCAAGCCCUGGUUGCGGAGAGUGCUGUAAAGUGUGGAGAAAGUGUGCUGCUUCACUACGCCUCUGUUCUAGUCUAGUGACGUUUCGCUUUCGUCGUCACCAUCAGCGCACUUGUGGACUUUUAGUUGUCAUCCGACGUGCGCAACUUAUCCCUCGUCAUGAUUUUCACGUAUGAACAGAGGCAGCGAUAGACUCGGAAAAAGCCCCGAAUCAAAAUGUCAAACGGUACCAGUCACCUGGCAAACGGCACCAUGUGGACCGAAGAGAAACAAAGCAACAACAAUGGUCCUUCAAAUGGUAACACCCGGUUAGGCGUCGACGAUAUUCCCGAAGAACAAACAGCCUUGACAAACCAGAACGAAGUGUAUCCAUCGCAGUGUUUUGUUAGUGAGGGUGAUUUUAAAAACGAUAGCGAUACAGAGUGUGGGUUAGGACCGUUCGCCCCCCAGUGGCUACAGAUGUUUGCGUCGAAGCAAGCGUUCCUUAUAGUUUUUUGUAUUGCCUGGGUCUUGCAAGGGAUGUAUCACACGUAUUUCGUCAGCGCGAUAACGACGAUAGAAAAACUUUUUCAAAUUCAGUCGAAAAUUACGGGGAUUAUCAUGAGCGCUACCGAGAUAGGGCAGAUUGGGUCCUCGUUGCUUCUGACUUAUUACGGGGGGCAGGGACACAGACCCAAAUGGAUCGCGUGGGGUAUGGUUUUAUUCGCAGUGUCUUCGUUUACUUGUUCCUUACCGCAUUUUAUUUACGGAAGGCAGCUGAUAAGCGCCAAUGAUCUCACCGGUAUCACGAAGGACCCAAAUGUGUGCAGACUUCCUAGUUCGUUGGAUGACCCACAUAGAAACUCUUGGGGUAACGACAGCGUGCAUGGACACACCAUGCAGAUGACCAGCGUUUCCAAUAUUCUGCAGACGUGUCAAGAGGAGAUCGAUACCGAACAUCGAAUCCAGCCUUCCGUGACGAAAAUCGUACUUGCGAUCUUUUUUAUUAGUUUGUUGGGGGUGGGCAUGGGUCAGACGGCGGUGUACACUUUAGGUAUUCCUUACAUCGAUGACAACGUCGCGAGCAAGGAAUCGCCCCUCUAUUUCGCAAUAACGAUAGGGGUUCGAAUUUUGGGUCCAGCUUUAGGUUUUAUCGUUGGAUCCCUAUGUACAAGCGUUUACGCCGAUUUGUCUGUUGAUCCAAAAAUUGACACUACCGAUCCCAGAUGGGUCGGGGCUUGGUGGUUAGGGUUAGUUUUAAUUUCUGGUUUGUUAAUGCUGGCAAGUUUUGCCAUGUUUGCCUUCCCAAAAAGACUGAAAAGUGCUAAACCCACUCCUAGGAUACAUCAACCUGGGCGAAAACAUCCUAGUAUAAGAGACUUUCCAAAAACAGUGAAGCGGUUGUUAAAAAAUGAUAUUUUGAUGUUUAGAACCGCUAGCAGCGUUCUACAUAUUCUCCCAAUAGCCGGACUGUAUACAUUUUUGCCUAAAUAUUUAGAAUCUCAAUUCAGAUUACCAACACCGUCUGCCAAUAUGAUAUCAGGAGUUGGAGGAAUCCUGGUGAUGGGAGUAGGCAUCAUAGUUAGUGGUGUUUUCAUUUUACGAGUCAAACCCAACGCAAGAUUCGUGGCAGCAUGGAUUGCCUUUACGGCCAUUAUUUACGCUUUCGGAAUGGGUAUUCUUAUGUUCAUUGGCUGUCCAAUGGAUGAUUUAGCAGGAAUUCAAACCCGCCACGAAUUUGCCACUUUUAAUUUAGAUUGCAACAAGACGACGUGUGAAUGCAACGAAGACAAGUUCUCGCCGAUUUGCGGCCAAGAUGGAAAAACUUACUUAUCGCCGUGUCAUGCCGGGUGUAGGAAUUACACUGAAAAAGAAGGAAAAAUUGUUGAAUAUUCCAACUGUCUGUGCGUUUCGAAUGAAACCGAUAACGUUACUAUAAGGUUACCUGACAGCAUUUUUAAUGGAAAUGCCACAAUAGGAUACUGUGACGUUCAGUGUCCGAAUUUUACGUGGUACAUAAUAUUGUUCUCCAUUUUUGUUUUUAUACAUUCUACGUCAGAAGUGGGAUCUAUGUUGUUGAUUUUAAGAUGCGUGGAUCCGAGGGAUAAAGCAAUGGCGUUAGGUUUGAUUCAGUUCGCCAUUGGUUUGUUUGGGAAUGUUCCUUGUCCCAUAGUUUAUGGGGCGGUUGUGGACUCCGCGUGCUUGGUUUGGAAAAUGGCAUGCGGAGAAAAGGGGGCCUGUGGUUUAUACGACUCGAAUAUUUUUAGGAUGUUUUACCAUGGAACCACUGGGGCGAUUUUAUUGUGCGCAUUUUUCGUUGAUGUGAUAGUAUGGUAUAAAGCAGGAAGCAUAAAUUUUGUAGACGAGCAAGUACCUUUAGAGGAAGAACUGACUUCGAUGACGAAGAAAUCAUUAACAGAACCCGUCGCUAUACCUCAAUAGCAAACGCUGAAGGUGGAGGACCCACCAACAAAGUUUUGAAACCUCUGUGAAAUUUCUAUAAUUACCAAGGCGCGGAAUUAUAUCUCAUACGCUAGAUCCAGUGCUGUCGCGUCGAUACUUUUAUUACAAAUAUAUUUUUCUUUUGGACUAGAUCAACAUUUCAAGAUCACAAAUCUGUAGUCCUGUGAUUGAAAAAUUAAAAAGGGUAUCGAAUAUUAUUAUUUGAAGGAAUAUAGUAAUAUAGAUGCAGUUUAUUUCCUAAUUGUAAACACUCCUAGCGACGCACUGGCUACGACCUUGUGGACCGGAUCAAAGAGUCUCCGCUACUCGCCGUAAAACACACCUUACUCAAUUGGGGGAUUGCAGCGGUGAGAUAGAAUUCCGCGUACUGAUAACACAGUAGAACAGUGUUUUUGUUACAUAUAUUUUCUAAACAUGGUCGGAAAGGUAAUUGUGUACUGAACAACUCUUAAAAAGAGAUAAUAUACCCAUGACGUCAAAAAAAAAUUAAAUUUUUAUUGUCGUCCGAUGAACAAUUAGAAAAAAUUAAGUGAAUUCUAAUUUUGCAUAGAAAAACGCGCAAGAAGCACUAAAAAAAUGUUCCACAGAUUUUUGUCGACAGAUAUUUAAUUACGUCUAUGAAUAUUUAACCUGCCUCGAAUAUGUACAACGAUCUGAAUCUCUAAAAAACCUCAUGCAUUCGGAAAGAAUGUAUACUUCCGUGUUUAUCUUAAAUAUUUCUCCGAUUUUCUUGAUGUCUCGAUAAAAAGAUUAUCAGUAAAGAAAUUUAAAUGAAACAUAAUUUGUGGAACUUUGAAUAUUCUCAUAUGUUUCUGCAGUUUGUAUGGAGUAUGCAGUCGGCAGUACUAAAUAAGUAUUUAUACCCAUUAUGCAUUUCAAAUUUUUUUUAACGACGUAGACAUAAUGUCUGAUUAGAUAGUUAUUCAGCACAAAAUAACCUUUCAGAAUGCUUGUAACAAGAAUUUUUUCUAAAAUUGUUCGACUGUGUAAUCAGUCAGAGAAUUCGCAGUUAGGUUAUUCGUGACAGUCUAAACUAACUGUUUUUUCUGAGAAAAUAGAAUUUUAUAAUGCGACUGAAAUUUUUGUAACGGCAGCUUUGAACAUUUUUAUAAAGAUUUUGUACAUAAUGGAAAGAAAACUUAUAUUUGCUACGAGUGUAAAUAAGGACAAGAUUUUAUUUUAACAAUUUUAUACGUUUGGAAUUUUAGCAAAUUUUAUACAGAAUUUACAAUACAACAUCCAAUUUAUUCUGCAUGAUUUUUAAACAUUAUCAAAUUUUAAGAUCUGAUUCAUAAACUGUGAUACUUAAUAUCUACUACCUAUGUCUUACUUUCCUAUUCUUGGUUUGUAAAUAUUUUUUUAAUUAUUUAAGCUUAUUUUCAAUACUCGAUCCUUGUAGAAUUCUAUGCUAUUACCAAUUUAGAAUAAGUGAAAACACUGUAAUUGUAUAUUUUUUUAUAUUAGUUUUAAGUUACCAUUAUUAUUUUUAAUUUUGUAUAGUUUUACAAUGCCGUACAUUUUUAUCAAUUUGUUUGUGUGCCAUACGCUCAGUAAUUUGGUAUUCUUUGAUUGUAAUUUUUUCUUUAUUUAUAACAUAUUAUUGUAAUAAUUGAAGCUUUUGUGUUUGUUGAUUUGUAGAUUGUGAAAUAUUAUGUAUAUUAUAGUUGUAAUUAAGUACCAACUAUUGUUGCCGUAUUACGAAACUAGUACCAAAUUUCAAAUUUUCAAUUUGAUUUUUAAGUACUUGACAGUAGUAAUUUGAGGUCAAAUUCACCACAAAUUUAUAUAGCGCUUUUUACAUUAAGAAAUGACUGAUGAUAUAUUAAAAUCAAAAUAGACUAAAACAAAGUUGUUUAUAUUAAUGGCCAGCAUACACAUCAAUUUUUUGUGUUGCAACAGAAAGAACUAGAAGCAAGGUAUCAAUAUUCUUCCUGUUCAAGCUUUACUCGUUGUUUAUACAAUUUUUGUAACUGUUACAAAAAUAUUGUUUCAUUUUCUUAUAUAUUUCUAGGAAACAAAUCAAAAUACGGGUAUAGAAUAACUAGAAGGCUUAUUUAUUAUCGUUUUAAUGAUGUUACAAAGUUAUAUUGUACAUAUAUUUGUUCAACAUCACAUGUGCAUUAAUAUAAUUUUACCUUAAGUUAAGUAACCACCUACAAACACAAAACUUCAUAUAGUUUCGACAAUAAUUGGCAGAAUCCUUAAGCAUUAUCCGUAUUUGUGUAUUUAGUACUGCCAUAAUAUACUUAUGUUGUCUUCUUCAGGGUUACUUUUAUUUUGUUUCAGUUUUGUUGAUACUUAACUUUAAACUGUUGUUAUAACAAUUCUGUUGUGAAUAUUUCUUUAUAAGGCUCAAGCAUUUUAAUCUGUGAUUAGCUCACAUUCAUACACCACUGUUAAACUGUGCAAUUUUGUAUGAAGAAUGUCACUAUCAUGUUCACCUAAUUUUAUUCAAACUGUAGUAUAUGUAUACAUUAUGUUCAUCAUUAAUGAACACAGAGUGAUGAGUUUUAAAUGUAACGAUUUUACAUAAGUGUACCUAUGCAAAAUAUAUUCAUUAAAUACAAA